UUCAUCGUUUUCAUCUUUUCUUUGUUUCCUCUUCGUUGCAUUUGUUGUUUUUUUCCUUUUUCGUUCUUUAUCCAUGACGAGUUCAGUGUCGGAGCUCGUCUCUGCAGAAGCUGCUGCGCUUACUGGCAAAACAAUGACAUCAUCGCUUAGUCCCCCCGCACGCACGCACACGCACACACACACAUGCACGCACGCACACGCACACACACACACACACGCACGCACACACACAGUAAAACAUAUAGAUGAUGGUUUUAUGCAUGUUUUUCUGCAGAAAAACGAGAUUUAAUUUGCAUAUUUUCUGUUUGUGGUUCAGCUCUUUAGAUGUGAACCACGUGACGUGAUAUUUGUUUUGCUGUCGGAUGUAAAUCUCGUGAUCGACGAUCUGAACCGUAGGAAUGUUGCUUCUGUUCACCUCACGUUUCUGUGAAUCUCCUGAAUUAAUUCGUGACCUGGAGGUUCGUGUUGAGGAAACGUUCGAUUGUGACUCAGAGAUGUUUGAUAAGUUUCUGUCUCUCCGCCUCUUCACACCUCAGAGGAACUGUUUCAAUCUCCCACAAGUCACUGCUGCUGCCGCGGAAUCAAUAACAGAUGAUGAUCUCAUUAAUGCAAAUGAAUCAUCAUCAGUUCCAAAAACACGAACCAUCUGGAAAAGAAUCUGUUUCAUGAGCUAAAUCUGACCUUUCAAUCGAGAUGAUAUUCAGUUCAAUCAUCAACUAAACUUUGACAGAAAAUGAGGGAUGUGAAUAAACAAAAUAUUUCUUUAAUCCUGCAGAUUUUUGUUCUGACUCGCAGAUAAAAUAGAACAAACGACCAAAUGAUGCAUGAGAUUAAAAAGACGAUGUUUAAAAACUUCCCUGAGUUUUGUCUGCCAGGCAGAGUUUCCUCAGAGGUUGUUUUCCUCCCCGCACGUCUGCUCAGGUUCCUUUGGGAACCUGAACUCAUGAAGUGUCUCAGCUCAAUCGACCAAUCAAAUCAGUCAGAUUUUAUUUGUACAGCACUUUUCAUACAAACAAUGAAACACAAAGUGCUUUACAGGAAACGCUGUCGUGCAUCUCAUGAAUUUGAAAUGAGGAAACAGGCAGAAAAAGCCAAACAAAUAAAUUGAUAAACGAUCAAAUAAUAAAAGAGAUGAGAAAAGGAUAAAGAUUAAACCAAGAUUAAAUAAUUAAAUGCCAGAAGAUGUUCGAGUAAAACCCGAGAUAAGAAGUUAAAACAAUUGAAUGAAAGAAAUGAAAACAGAAUGCAACAGAUUUAUAGUAAAACCUGUGUGGAGUCUCUCUGCUGCCCCCUGGUGUUCAGGAGGAUGUCUGACUCCGUCUCUGUCUCUGUCCUCAGGACCAGACUCUACCUCACCACAGUGUCUUCGACAGGAACCCGCCGCACGAUGACUCUCACAGCGUAUAAAGAGAAGAUGCGAGAGCUCCCCCUGGUGUCUCUCUUCUGCUCCUGCAUCCUGCCUCAGCCCAGAGACGCUGGCGUCGACAAGAAGGAAGGCGUGGUGGACUUGAACCUCUGCAACAUCCGGGACAUGGAGGUGAUCGAGCUGAGCAAGCGGGCGAGCGGCCAGGCCUUCGAGGUCAUCCUGAAGCCGCCCACCUUCGACGGCGGCCCCGAGCUCAGGGCCACCACGCCGCCUCGCCAGAAGCCGUCGCUGGAGGAGAUCCAGAAGAAACUGGACGCCGCCCAGGAGAGACGGAAGUGUCAGGAGGCGGAGCUGCUGAAGCACCUGGCCGAGCGGAGGGAGCACGAGCGGGAGGUCGCUCAGAAAGCUCUGACCAAAGAGCGUCAGGAGCAUCGCGCCGACGCCGACAAGCAGCAGCGGCAGAUGAUGCACCUGAACGCCUCGCAGGAGCGUCUGCAGGAGGACAAGCACAGUGUGGAGGUGUCUUGAUGGCCUGAUCACAACACAAGCUGAACUUCAUUUGGAAGCCAUUUUGGAUGAGCUGGGGGUUUGAACCCGGCGCUGCUCCGACUGGGAGACUGACAGGAAGUGACUGAGAUGUGUGAGAGAAGAAGACGGAGGAGAAGAAGAAGAAGAAGGAGAAGAAGAAAUCUAAGUGGGCGACUCGGGGCCGAGUCCGACUGCUCCCCCGAACGUCCAGGACUCUUUUUAAAACGAGAUUGAACUAGUGAACCCGAAGGAGCUGCUGCAGAUUCAGUCAUUAUCCAGUGGUUCACAGGGGUUUCACUGUGCUUUGUUGCCAUGCCAACAGUGCCAACGUGUUCAUGUGCGUGUGACUGUGCAUCGAUGGAUGAAAAGUUGUUCCCCACCAAACCAAACGAAGGCGGACUCGAACCCAAACGGACCUCUGUCAAACGGCUCCAUCUGCUGGACAGUUCAGAUCAUUACAUCUACUGUCAAACACAACAACAAGGUUCGACAGGUCUGACCGCUGUAGUGUGGCUCUUCAGUGACGUCUAGUGGCAGCUGUAGGGAAGUGCAGCAACAUCAGCAGGUGUUGCCUGCUUGUCACAGAGGUGGAGUCCACGAAACGACGAGCAGGUUUGAGAUCAGGUCCAGAACUAGAGCGGUGAAAGGAAAGUCUGGACUUGGAUGAGACCAGACUGUCAUAGGUGAGAGGAGCGAGACAAGUCCGGGUCAGACCAGAAGAAAACAGAUGAGUCCGAGUCGAAAACACCCACGAGGCCGUAAUUUGUCUGUAAAUAAUAAUAAUAGAUUAUAUUUAUACAGCGCUUUUCAGGGACUCAAAGUCGCUUAAAUAAACUGGAAAAAAAAGAACUUGAACAUAAAUCCUUGUGGUACCAUAGAAACCAAUUUUGGAAACAUUUAUUUCACAUCAACUCUGAUGACAACGUACGAACAUUAGUGACGAGACGUUAACAUUUGCUUUGAUGCAUCAACAAACAGACACUUAGCUCAUGUGGCUAACGUUAGCUACAUCACAGGUUGCUACAGUUAUACCAACCGUCCUGAUGAUGAAUGGAUGAAUCUCAUUGAUGAACAACUGAUAAUCGAUCGUGUACAGUGUUUACAGCUGCAGUGGUGUGUGUGUGUGUGUGUGUGUGUGUUUGUGUGUGUGUGUGUGUGUGUGUUUCCCUGGCAAUGUCAGUGUGUAAAGGAGUCAGGGUGUGAUGAUGAUGAUGAUGAUGAUGAUGAUGAUGAUGACGACGAUAACGACGAUGUACAGAAAUCACAUUAUAUUUUAACUCGUAAAUAAAACAAUGACACUA